ACCCUAAUAUAAGAGCAAACCCUAGCGCUCUCUCCCUCAGCCUCAUCUUUUAUCCACUACUCGCCGUUCUCACGCUCUCCCCUCGCCGUCGAAGUCAACAUGGCGCCGAAGAAGGAUAAGGUUCCGCCACCGUCAUCAAAGCCGGCGAAAUCCGGAGGUGGAAAGCAGAAGAAGAAGAAGUGGAGCAAGGGAAAGCAAAAGGAGAAGGUGAACAACAUGGUGUUGUUUGAUCAAGCUACUUAUGACAAGCUUCUCACUGAAGCUCCCAAGUUCAAGCUCAUCACCCCUUCCAUUCUCUCUGACCGUAUGAGGAUUAAUGGGUCGCUAGCAAGGAGGGCGAUUAGGGAGCUAAUGGCCAAAGGUGUGAUCAGGAUGGUCGCUGCUCACUCGAGCCAGCAGAUCUACACUCGUGCCACCAACACCUAAGAUGUUUUGGUUCUUUAUCCGCCUUGGUGUUUCAUUUGUUUUUCUUACCUCUUGCUGUUUGAUUCUUCAGGAACUCGUUAGAAUCUUUGUUUCGUAUUCCCUUUUUUGAGAUAUAUGGCUAUUUAAAACGCAUCAAGACUUCUAAAAUUCAGUCCAACCUUUGCCUCUUUGAUCCAUCCGUUUUGUCUUGGUCAGAUUUUCUAGAAUUUGGUGGACCGGUUUCCGUUUGGUUAUCCAUCAAAUAAUUUUAAGUUUUAACC